UCAGUUUCUGUUCAUUUAGCGCUGCUUUCAUGUGGAAAGGAGGAGCGUUUAUCACCGUGCUUAUCGCUGUUUGUGCUCAUUAUUAUUUCACUUUUCUCCACGAAGACACAGGAAAAGAAGACAGGUCGGUUUGAGUCCAACUUUCUACUUUAAUGCUGUUUACGAGGUGUUUUAUCACAAGAAUGUCCUCCAGCCUUCACCGUCACGUCAUCUGGGAGUCAGAGGGGCUGGUGGCUUACCUUCAUCCCCGGCCCUGGACUCCAGGCUCUGUUAUCCUGGAGCGCAGCACUCCUGGCAGGCUGGGAGGCAGCAUCUUCCACCUGGAGGAGCCCGAAUACUUAUCCUGGCUGUUAGGGGCGAGAACCGUCUCAGAGCUGCUGUGCGACAGGCUCGGGGUUCGCAGGUGUGCUCUGGUGUCCAGACCUCACCGAGACAGACCCGCCCAGAUCCGAGUCCUCCCACUGCACGGCCUGGAUGCAGAGUGGCGCCCUCACCUGGCAGGAGACGAGGAGCACAACGCCCACGACCCGGGAUACUGCACCUCAAGGACUGCUCCCCGAUGGAGUGACUCCCGCCUGACUGAUAUCCAGAACAAGAUUCGUGCCAAGCUACCGGCCCCCGAUGCCCCGCACAAUCUGACGUUCCUCGGGGAUGAUCCGGCUCACCCCGGUCUGUUCUCGCGCAUCGUUCGUGGGGAGGAGCAGCAGUGGCGGGUGUGGGACGACGAGGGUCACGUGGCCUUUCUCACUCCUUUCCCAAAUUCCCCUGGAUUUACCGUGCUGGUACCACGCCGACCUUUGACCUCAGAUAUAUUCAGACUAGAAAAGGAUGAUUAUGAGCGGCUGGUGCUGGCGACCCGGAAGGUGUCGAGGCUUCUCGAGGAGGCGUUUAACGCCUGGGGGGUGGGGCUUAUUUUUGAGGGUUUUGAGAUUGACUACGCUCACGCCAAGUUGAUACCGCUGCUCUCACCCUCAUCUUCAGGGGAAGGAGACAAUAAAACUAAACCACCACCCCAGUUCUACCCCACCUAUCCUGGAUAUGUGAGCUCAGAAGACGGUUUUGAAGCCAGCCCGGAAAGUCUGAAGGAGAUACACGCCAAAAUGACUGCUUAAAGCUGUUACUGAUUGAGUUUGAUUCUUACUCGUGUGUUAAAUUCUCAGUCUCAGCAUGACCACUAACAGUUUGAAUCCCUCUCAGACUUUAAUGAUUAAUAACAGCUGUGAGAAAUAACAAACACCUGGAAAAUGUCCUGAUGCAAAUGCGAAGAGUCAUCGUUCAGUGGGAGCACUUUAAAAAAAAAAAAAUGUAUUGCACAUUAAAAAAAAAAUACAUGCAGCAUUUUUUAGAUUAGGGUUACACACUGGGUUUUAUCAGCUCCUCCUGCAAAUUUCUCUUUUGAUAAUCUGAUGAUUCCAAUAUUUUUUGCUUUCUUGUUGAAAACAAAUGUUAUAUGAUUUUUCCAAAUGAGGUUUUCAUCACUUAAUACAAUGUUGAUUGGGUAGAAAUUGGCAUUUUUGUUGCCAAUAUUGUGUAUUAUAAUUAUUUUUCUUUAUUAAUAUGCUGCAGGUGAUUCAAAGAUUAACACAAUGUUAACAAAACUCACACAAAAUGUCCCAUUAAUUUUCAUUCCUCUAAGAUUGUUGACUAUACUUUUUUUUUUCAAUACAGAAUCAUUUUUGUAAACCUGUCUUAUCGUUGGUUAAUCAUCACAGGACAAAGAUGUGAUUUAGUACCAGCUCUAGUAUGUAACCUGGUGAGUAAAGUGAUGCCAAGUGCCUUGUUUCCACUACGGUCGGAGAUCUGAUUAAGAAAUCAGUUAAUGACUCGUACUUUAUAUACCAGCUUUAAUUUGCCUUUAUCAGUUUAGAAGGAGACAGAAUAAAAUACAAGUUGAAACUGAAAUUAACUGGUGAUGUGUUAUUUAAAGCUGAUUUUUUUAUUAGGAAAAAGAUUGUUUAUUCUAAAAUAAGCAUGUUCUCUAGCUCAGAAUACAAGAUAACAUCAAUAUAAUCAAUUGUCAAGAUCAUCACAAAUAAAUG